GUCUGACUUCCUUCCUUUCUGUUCUUGAACUUUCAUCCUUCCUUUCCCCUUCUCAUCCACCUUCCCAGGCUGCUCAGUCGGUCAAGGCUCCUGCGGCCCCAUCCUUCUUUCCUUCUUGCUUCUAUCCAUAUACACUCAAAUAUUAGGUACCUUACCCUUGCACAAGGAAAUUUGGAAUAUUGUUCCUGAGCUUCUAUUUGCCCCUUCUAUCUCCUCUCUACAGUAACCAUCCGUCCAAUCAUCAUCCUAUACCAAACACUCAAUACUCAUCAUCAUCAACCUUGAGCUUCACAGCCGUUUUUGUUAUAACCCGCCUACCAUUAUCUUAUUCAAAGACAAGCAAAGACAAGUCAAGCAAUUCAGUGGCAGAGCAAGCCGUAUAUCACUCAGCUAUCGUCUCUAUGACUUCCUUCUUCACAGUCAACAACAACGUCUCGCUCGUCAGCAUCACUAUUGCUCCAAGCACGUAUCUUAUAACUGUUGCUCUGCUUCUUCUCUUUGCCAUUAUUUACGUCCCCCGUCUUUUGGCUUGCCGAUUUCCUAAUCUGGGCAUACCCUUGCCAUCGCUGGCUUCAAUACUGAGGCCAAUACUUGGAGACCCAACAGACAGUCAAAGACAGCCAACCAAACCUGAAAAGGCUCUACCGGAGCCGCCAUAUGCCGCCACUGGACUUGUAUUCGAGGAUCAGCAGCAGCUUGUCAUCUCUGGGCAGGAUAUCGUCCUCGCGCAGCGCCGCCAUUACCUCCAACAACAACAAUUAGCUCAACAACAACGUCAUCUCCUCGAGAAGCAAAAACAACUUGAGUUUCAGGAAGUAGAGUAUCGUCGUCGUCGGGAUUCGCACCAGGACUCAUCACCAUCAAAAAGAUCUACCGACAAUGGAUCCCCUCGAAGGUCUAGACGCCAGCUUACAAGACUUCGAUCUCCCACCAAGUCCAUCAAUGCCCCAUCACUCAGCUCACCGCAGCGAAGCAGCAAUGACAGAAGGGGAUCUCGAGGAGUCGGAGACCGUAUCCGUAAGUGGGUAUUCGCCACCGGCGUGGCGAAGGCUGGGAAACGGAGACCGGAGUAGUGGCUUCUGGAGAGCUCCUCAGGACUUUAUGCACCAAGGGAUGAGCACGCUCAGAGAGAGCUCUCCUGAACUGGAUGAUAGUGAGGACGAUGGCGUCCUAGAGAGAGCCAUUCGGACGAGGCUGCCCAGAGGGAGCCAGAGUCCAGGCAAGGGCAGGAGUAUGAGCCCUGAGAAAGCGGAUGAUCCCACAAUUCAGUUUCAGCUACACGAGAAGACAAGUCCACCAAGAGAGCUGAGCUUGCACGAAGCGACACCAGAUAACUACAUCCGCUUUGCCGUCCGUGCCGAAGUUCAGCAUCGCACUGAACCCAUUGAGACAGCCAUCAACUUCAUUCGUGAUCACUACAAAGCUCUUACUAGGACAUGGUCAACCACUUUCACCACCAUCAUCAUUGCCUUCUUCUCUGUCUCUAUCUUCAAGUCUCUCUUACAGCCCGCUGCCCCACGCCCAGUCGGCGAUCUUGUGAAAGUUGCAGGAUUGGCUCGCUCAUUCGAACCCCUCAUCUAUUACUCUGAGCAUGCUGUCUCUCAAGUACAUGAUCUACAGGCGACCAGUGUUGCUGUCUGGGAUCUUGGUGAGAGUGUGCGUACAAGCGAUAUGCGCGAUGCUCCUAGAAUCGUGGCAGACCUAGAUGCUCUCAGCGAGACUAUGAAGACGUUGGCCAUAGAAAUGACCAAAUUCUUUGCUAGAGUCGAUGGUGAUAUUGAUGGCAUCCUCAACGUCAUGGAUUGGGCCAAAAUGCACCUCAACCGCCUCAAAUCAUCCCCUUCCCCUUCAACUAUCUCCUCAGCCUACGACAACAUUCACAAUCUUCUCUCUGAAGCACAUGUCCUUGAGGAUGCCUCCGGCUCUCCUACCGCCCUUGGUCGCUUGACCAGCCACAUAUUUGGCCUCUCAAAUCCGCAAAGGGAGCAACGCAUGGUGCAGCUCCUCUUCACCGAAUUUCUUUCUGUCCUUGAAGACUCCAUCCAAGCUGAGCUACAACAUAGCGUCACCCUAUUCGCCCUUUUCGAGGCUGUGGAUCAUCACUUUCUAAAUCUUGCCCGCACCGUUGUUCGCGAAUCGUCUGCCCAGGAAGAACUUCAUGCCGAUAUGCUUUCGAGCCUCUGGACGCGGCUUCUUGGUACAAGAGCGGCUGAAUUACGUAAAUUUGAACAGAAUCGUCUGCUAUUACGUGACGUCCGGGAAAAGACAGUGCGCAAUAAAGGCAUUCUUGUUGAACACAACGGCAAACUUUUGACUUUGAAAGCGUCCCUAGAAACUCUUCGCAGCAAACUCGUCUCGCCUCUUGUUCGCGGCGUCAACUCUACAACACUCACAUUGGAGGAUCAAAUUCGUGGUCUCAGCGAUGUGAGCGAUUACCUAGGUGAUGUCAGGAAACAGCAAAAGGGCAAAGUCAUGGAGACUCUGUUUGGUAGCGUACCUAGCAAAAAGUAUGCAAUCGAGGACAGGCCUGGCACUGUUGUCGUGAAUCCCCUCUAAGGAUGCACGAAUUCUUUGAGACCCCAAACUACAUGUUGGAUAUCUCUAAUACUAGUUUUCCCUCUCGACUUUGGAACGCAGUCACUUGUCAAGCGGGUCUUGUAUACCAUUGGGUCUGAAGAAUCUAGACCUCUUGCCUUGGCAGGAUGAUGCUGCUGGAAUAUGAUUGUCCAACAAACUCUUGGAUUACACUGCUCUGUGGGUACAGAACAGGAAUUUUGCUUGGGCGUUAGGUAAAUCUACACUGACAUAGUUCAUUGCAUAUAACGGAUAGCCUCUAUUUUAUACCUCUUAGUUUCAACUCACAAAUUAGCAAUUUUACGAUAUUUACAUCUACGAGACGUCACAUUGAAUGGAUGUUACUUUCGCACGAUGGCGGGACACACACAUGAUAGUAACUUGAAC